CGCCCUCUGUCUCGCCUUCGACAUCGCCCCCCAAGCCCUACACACCGUUGCCGCGCAAUCCAUAUGCAGUAUUCUGGGCGGAAGAGGCAAAUGAGGAUACUGGGAGCAUAGCGCUGAGUUAUGGCUGACGGCCAGGCAUGGAGCGGGAGCGAGAGUGGCCUGCUUGUUGCUGCCAUCUUAAGCAUGCUGGGCAACCUGUUGAAAUGGCCCUUUAGCGUUUUGGCCUGGUUAUUGGAAGAAUCGUCUGAAUCACGAUACCUGCGCCAGCUCAAGUCAGCUACGACUUUCUCAAAGUGGCUUGAAGCGGCCAAAGGCCUUGACAAGCAACCCGAAGCUCUGGGGUGGAUCCUGAAUCCCAUCGACAAGCACUACGGCUGGAAGCAUGUCAGUGAGCGGCGCAAACUCCUUGGACGUCUUAGAAAUGAGGGUAACUACAUUCAAAUCGGCGAUACCCUUCGACAUUCCCUCAUGCGACACAUGUAUAAUAUCACCAACCUGGCACUCUACAAGCAGACAUACAUGACCACCAAAGAGGAGAUACAUCUUUACGUGAACGAGACAGUGGCUGCCAUCAGAGCUGUCACCAAAUCGCCUCCGGCACUUGCUACCAGAGCUGGGCGUUUCUCUGCCCAGGAUAAGCGGAUUCUGCUGAGUGAUCUGCAGAAAACCUAUGGCAGGACAGCGCUGGUCCUACAAGGGGGGUCCAUAUUUGGCAUUUGCCACCUGGGCGUUGUGCAGGCACUUGACGAACAGGCUAUUUUGCCCAAUGUCAUUGUCGGCACAGCUACUGGCGCGCUGAUGGCGGCACUUGUCGGAAGCAAGACUGAACAGGAGUUGCCUGACUUUGUCUGCGGCGAGUCCCUAGAUCUGAGCGCCUUCGCCAAUCGCUCUCGUCAAGCGCAAAGGGAGACGUCAGCGAAGAGAAAGCUGCCACGAUUUCUCUGGCCCAUGGAGCGGCUGCGCAAGUGGCUUCAAGUUGUCAUGCGUCGUUUGCGAAGACUUGUCCAGGCCGGUUUCGUUCUUGAUCCAGAUGCGCUGGCGCAAUGUGUACGCGACAAUGUGGGCGAUAUGACGUUUGAGGAAGCAUACAAGCGGACCGGCCGGGUCCUCAACAUCGUUGUCUCAUCACCUAGUGAAGAAGUUCCAAGCCUCAUGAACCAUUUGACAGCACCUAGGUAUCUUAUACGGUCGGCAGCAAUGGCAUCUCACGACGCAAACGUUGGCCAGAGCCAGCUCGAUGCUCUGCGGCUGUUGUACAAAGAUCUGGACGGGAACAUUCGAGCCAUAGAUGCGAAGAUACCGCAAGGACGGCAAAGACUGGACCGGCCGACCUCAUCGGCGGAACAAAAUAACCCUUUCAGACGUUUGCGGCAGCUUUUCAACGUCGAACAUUUUAUAAUUUCGCAAGCACGUCCUUACAUCGCGCCGUUCUCUCGCCCAUCCCUUCCGUAUCUGCGCGGCAAAAGGCAGGACCGAAGAUGGAUCCCCCAUGUGGUUGGACUGUGGAUACGUGCAUUGCUUGUCUCACUGGACUUCCUCAAUGUCCUCCCAGAGAGAUUACAUCGGAUUCUCAGCGACGAAACAAUUGGCACUGGAAACAAUAUUACAUUGGUGCCUGAGAUAACAUUCAGAGAUUGGCCUCGGUUGCUCCAGAAUCCCAAGCAGGACCUAAUCGAUACAUGGCUACUGAAAGGCGAACGAGCCGUAUGGCCUUCGAUCUGCGCUCUAAGGAUUCGGAUGACCGUCGAGCUUGAGCUGCAAGAAUGUUGGGAUGAGCUGCGUCAACGACGAACGCCGACUGCUCAAGAGAAUGAGGCAAGGAGUACAGGCAGAGAAGACGCGGCCGGGCAGCCGAACCCAGACCAAAGGAACCGAAACCGCGAAGCCGAGGAUCGCCUGCUUAAGGACAUGCAACGAGGCGUUGGUGGGUUUGUGCCAGGCAUUACUGGAAUGGAUCAUAUCGGGGGUAUCAGUACUCGGGAGCAUUACAGCGAGAUAGAUGGCGCAGAAGCGGAUGGAAACGACAGGCAUAGAAAGGUGCCGCGACUAAUCCUCAAUGAUUCGGCGGUCAAAUAGUCGGGAUUGACGAGCGCAGCCUUAUAUUCAUGGCAUUUAUUGUCUCACGCAUAACGAUAGGCGUGGCUCGCAUGAUUCUGCGUGGACACAGGAUCAGGGUUCUUAAUAAUGGAAGUAUCGCGAGACCAGCGGUCACGCUUUGAUAUUCAGUGUUGUACAUAUGGGCCAAGUAUGGCCUCAACACAUCCAGGGAAGGUCUGUCAGUAGCAACAUACAAGUUUCUGGUAUCACAUGAAGUCUAUAUCUCUACCGAGUGGAUGAUUGAUGGACCAGCAGACGUCACAUCGUUUACCGAGCUGUCUCACCCAGGUCGUACCGCUAUCUCGCCUUUGAUGACCCGUCCAUACAAGCCAACACCUUUUCCAGCCACCAUCGGGGCCCAUCGCUGCCUGAAGUGAAAAGUCGCUCAGAUGGCUUGCUUGGAAAAUGCCGUCACGGAAAAUGUUGCACAUCAAGCCCAAGCCAAGGCGGCGUCCGGAACGCCUCGAAAACGCCAUGCAGAAUGCCAAAUGGCAUGUCCUCUUCUGCGUGCAUUGAAGUGCAGUAUGUGCUGCAUUGUCAUGGUAUGCAAAACUCGCUUGAACGUAUCCAGAAGUAGUGUUCAUCAGAAUCAAUAGAUCGCGGGCGUCGGAAGCUAGAAGCAAGUCCAGUCGAUUUCAUAAGUGGGCUGGCGGUUUGACUCCCAGCUCUGCUCAAUUCCAGGCUCAUUGCUUCUUUUUCUCCGCCUCUUGCUUCCCUUUCUGCUGUUGCUCCAUACCCGCUUGAUUUCGUUUCGACUUCUCUUUCUUCUUCCUUUCGUUCCAUGACUCGCUGAUGAAGUCUUUGAACUUCUCCCAUGGAUUUCGAUUGAGCCUGUUGCUCAAUUGCCGGAAAUUGUACAUCUCUCCCCAGCAGUCUCUACCCCACUCGCAUCCUGCCAUGUUGACCAAGAAAUCGCGCUCUUCUUUCU